AUGGGCGGCCCGGCGGCGCGGAGGGGCGCCGGGGGGCUCCGCGCGCUGCUCCUGGCGCUGGUGGCCGCGGGGAGCCCCGCGGGCGCCUACAAUCUGGACCCGCAGCGCCCCGUGCGCUUCCAGGGUCCCGCCGGGUCCUUUUUCGGCUACGCGGUGCUGGAGCACUUCCACGACAACACGCGCUGGGUCCUUGUGGGUGCACCAAAGGCGGAUUCCAAGUACAGCACUUCAGUGAAGUCCCCUGGGGCUGUGUUUAAGUGCCGCGUCCACACCAACCCUGACCGAAGAUGCACCGAACUGGACAUGGCUCGAGGGAAGAAUCGGGGUAUGCCCUGUGGAAAGACCUGCCGGGAAGACAGAGAUGAUGAGUGGAUGGGGGUGAGCCUGGCCCGGCAGCCCAAGGCUGAUGGCCGCGUGCUGGCCUGUGCCCACCGCUGGAAGAACAUCUACUACGAAACAGACCACAUCCUGCCCCACGGCUUCUGUUACAUCAUCCCAUCCAACCUCCAGGCCCAAGGCAGGACGCUGAUUCCUUGCUAUGAAGAGUAUAAGAAGAAGUAUGGAGAGGAACAUGGCUCCUGCCAGGCUGGGAUAGCGGGCUUCUUCACUGAGGAGCUGGUGGUGAUGGGUGCCCCAGGGUCAUUUUAUUGGGCUGGGACGGUCAAAGUGCUGAACCUCACAGAUAACACCUAUUUCAAACUAAAUGAUGAAGUGAUCAUGAACAGGAGGUACACCUACCUGGGUUAUGCAGUUACUGCUGGACACUUUUCUCAUGUGUCCACCACCGAUGUGGUAGGAGGUGCCCCUCAGGACGAAGGCAUUGGGAAGGUUUAUAUUUUUAGAGCUGACCGAAGAUCAGGCACCUUAAUUAAGAUUUUUCAGGCAUCAGGUAAAAAGAUGGGCUCUUACUUCGGCUCCUCCUUAUGUGCAGUUGACCUGAACGUGGACGGCCUCUCUGACCUGCUCGUGGGGGCCCCCAUGUUUUCUGAGAUCAGGGACGAAGGGCAGGUCACUGUCUACAUCAACAGAGGAAACGGAGCCCUGGAGGAGCAGCUGGCCCUGAGUGGGGAUGGCGCCUACAAUGCACACUUUGGGGAGAGCAUCGCCAGCCUGGGCGACCUCGAUGAUGACGGGUUCCCAGAUGUGGCCAUUGGCGCACCCAAGGAGGAUGACUUUUCAGGAGCGGUGUACAUCUAUCAUGGUGAUGCCGGUGGGAUGGUCCCUCAGUACUCCAUGAAACUUUCUGGGCGGAAGAUAAGUCCAGUCCUGCGGAUGUUUGGUCAGUCCAUAUCAGGAGGCAUUGAUAUGGAUGGAAAUGGCUAUCCCGAUGUAACUAUUGGAGCUUUCAUGUCGGACAGUGUGGUUCUCCUAAGGGCGAGACCCGUCAUCACGGUGGAUGUCUCCAUCUUCCUCCCCACCUCCAUCAACAUCACGGCGCCCCAGUGCCACGAUGGCCAGCAGCCUGUGAACUGCCUGAAUGUCACCGCCUGCUUUAGCUUCCACGGCAAGCACGUUCCGGGAGAAAUAGGCCUGAAUUACGUUCUGACGGCUGAUAUGGCCAAAAAAGAAAAGAGCCAGUUGCCCAGGGUCUACUUUGUGUUGCUGGGAGAGUCCGUGGGUCAGGUCUCAGAGAAGGUGCAGCUGGUCCAUUUGGAGGUGACGUGUCAUCAUUACGUGGCCCAUGUGAAGCGGAGAGUGCAGGACGUCAUCAGCCCCAUCGUGUUUGAGGCCGCCUACAGCCUGGGUGAGCAUGUGAUGGGAGAGGAGGAGAGGGAGCUGCCGGCCCUGACCCCCGUGCUCCGCUGGAAAAAGGGACAAAAGAUUGCCCAGAAGAAUCAGACCGUGUUUGAAAGGAAUUGCCGAUCUGAGGACUGUGCCGCCGACCUGCAGCUUCAGGGUCACCUGUUACUCUCCAGUGUUGAUGACAGAACCCCGUAUCUAGCUAUGGGGGCUGUGAAGAAUAUCUCCCUAAACAUCUCCAUCUCCAACCUCGGGGACGAUGCCUAUGAUGCCAACGUGUCCUUCAACGUUUCCCGGGAGCUCUUCUUCAUCAACAUGUGGCAGAAGGAGGAAAUGGGCAUUUCCUGUGAACUGCUGGAAUCGGACUUCCUCAAAUGCAGUGUGGGAUUCCCUUUCAUGAGGUCGAAGUCGAAGUAUGAAUUCAGCGUGAUCUUUGAUACAAGCCACCUGUCUGGGGAAGAGGAAGUUCUUAGCUUCAUCGUUACUGCUCAGAGCGGCAACAUGGAGCGCUCAGAGUCCCUGCACGACAACACCCUCACGCUGACAGUGCCGCUGAUGCACGAGGUGGACACAUCCAUCACUGGAAUCAUGUCUCCAACCUCCUUUGUGUAUGGCGAGUCUGUGGACGCAUCCAGCUUCAUUCAGCUGGAAGACCUGGAGUGUCAUUUCCAGCCUCUCAACGUCACCCUUCAGGUCUAUAACACUGGGCCAAGCACCCUUCCUGGGUCAUCUGUCAGCAUCUCUUUCCCCAGUCGUCUGUCACCUGGAGGAGCUGAGAUGUUUCAUGUGCAGGAGAUGGUGGUGGGCCAGGAGAAGGGAAACUGUUCUUUCCAGAAAAACCCAACCCCCUGUAUCAUCCCUCAAGAACCAGAAAAUAUCUUCCAUACAAUAUUUGCUUUUUUCACAAAGUCGGGAAGAAAAGUCUUGGACUGCGAAAAGCCAGGAAUUUCUUGCCUAACAAUGCACUGUAAUCUUAGUGCGCUGGCUAAAGAAGAAAGUCGUACUAUAGACAUUUACAUGCUGCUGAACACAGAAAUACUGAAGAAGGACAGUUCAUCUGUCAUCCAGUUCAUGACCCGCGCCAAGGUGAAGGUGGACCCUGCCCUGAGGGUGGUGGAGGUAGCCAGUGGGAACUCAGAGGAGAUGACGGUGGUCUUCGAGGCGUUGCACAAUCUGGAGCCCCGAGGCUACGUCGUGGGGUGGAUCAUUGCCAUCAGCUUGCUGGUGGGAAUCCUCAUCUUCCUGCUGCUGGCUGUGCUGCUCUGGAAGGUGGAAUUCUUAAGAAGUGGACCCUGAGACAAGGAUUUUCACGCAGUAACUUAUUAAGGAAGUAUCCCCAGGGCACACCAGUAAGGACACGAGGGAAGCAGGACACAGAAGGGGAGGAAGACAGGUAAGGGAGCCAUUUCAGGGCAGGUCCCGUGCAGGGGGUCUUCAGCCUGAUCCUGCUGGGGGGCUCUGGAGGGUAAGUUAUGCCUCAGAGUUGUCCCAACCCGGGGCAAGGGAGCUGAGCUUUCAUAGUCUUGUACCCAGGAGAGAUGUAAACUUUCUGCUUUCACUUCCUGCCAGCAAAAUAGCCCCAGUAGCUCAGGAGCAGUCCUCAAAAAGAGGGCUGCACCCCCAGCCUGGGAAGCGCACAGAAAUAAUGCAAAAGAAAUGAUGCAGAGGGAUCUGGGCAUAGCACUGACGUCCUCGCCUAUCCCCUGUACAGGUGAAUGCUGAGUUAUGGCCUUCACUAUCCAAGCUCUCUAUUUGACAGUGUUCAUUACCAGACACGCAGUGCUGUCCAGAUUUGAGUGCAGUGUGAUUCUCUGAAAGGGCGAGGUGGUGAUGGAUGUAGCAAGCUCAACAUCAUGCCUGGCCCGUAGUGACAUUCAAUAACCAUGAGCAGCCCUGGCUGCUUUUACCGCUGCUGGAAAACCAUCUGGUACAGGGGAAAACGUGCUGAAGAGCAGGGUCUGACAGAGUCCUUAGUCACUUAUCACAGCCUGCUCAAGCCCCGGGUACAAACAGAUGGCAUCAGAUGAGAAUGAAACAAGAAACAAGACCAGGCAUCUUUCUCAUAGGGCCUUGUUGACUGGGAGCUAAGAUGUGCGGGGGCCCGUGAGUAUUGUUGAAAAGACACAGAACUCAACUUCAGGGGAGAUAGGUUUUUCCAGACACAUAGUUGGCUAAUGCUUGCAAAGAUAUCUAAAGUUUUGGCAAAAUUAUGAGGGUGCUGGGCGGUUACAAACCUGGCAGGGAGCGCACGUGUCUUUUUGUUUCUUACGCAGUUGACUCUGACACAGGAAGAUACAGAAUGCAUCAUGCUCCCCUUCCAGUUCUCACUCAGAGUUCACCUCUGACAGAUAUGUAUGGGGCCCCUGCUGUGCGUCAGGCCCUGUGCUAAGUGCGGGGGGUUCCCCAGUGAACACCACCCCACAUUUUGCCCCAGGGGAGGCAGAUCUUCCCACAGUGGGAUCGUGAAUUCCUUUACGAGACCUCAUCUGCAGCCUUCCUUGGAUGGACUUCUGCUUGUUGUUUCAUGUUGUGCUUUAAUAAAUCAUUUAGGAUUCUUAGGUGGUAGGCCUGGGACAGCUCCAUCAGCAGCUUUGGCCAAAUGCACGACUAGCCACAGCCAGCCUCCUGCAAGGUGUGCAGACGCAUGGGAGACGGUGUAGCAGGUUAACUGGCAGGCACACGGUUCUGCCAGCCAGAGGGGAAAGCCUCACCAGGGGAGGGGCAGGCUCCAUAGCCAGUCUCAGAGCUGGGAUCCAUGUGCUUCUGGGUGGUUCUGAGUGGUGGACACACGAGUGGUCACAUACCCAGGAGAUUACUAAGACUAAAUAGGGCAGUUUUUAAGAAAAUCACGCUUGGCCUCCACUGGAGGAAAUACUGGCAGCCACUCUGGAACCUGUAUGGGGAGGAUGGUACAUCUGCUUAUCUCCUGAUGCUGAGUAGGCGGGGCAGCAUGGACUGGGGAGGUGACCGUUUAGCACAGAGAUAGGGAAGUUGAGCAGGUUAUCAGCGCUCUCAGCUUGGCCGGUUCACCAGCUCCAUCCAGUUCAGAAGCCCUCAGUAGGCUCUUGGGGGAAGCAGACAGGAUGGGUUGGUGUGUCUUUGUUCCUUCUCCAGAAGGUUCUUUUAAAAUUCCACAGUGCCUUCCAAUUUCCACCUUUCCUGCUUCUGCGGGUUCACUGUGGAAUGCCAUCUGAUGUUCUCUUGCACAGCAUUAUUUAAGUCUGCUUCAGCUUUUUGGUUGUGUAUUCACUAGGGUUAUAAUCAACUGUCAGAAGGAUUGAGGUGCUCUUUAAAUAUGACAAAAGGACCUUUGUAGAAAUUAAGUGAAAUAAUGCCCCCUUUUAAAAAAUGAUUCACUUAUGCUCAGUUUACAUGGGACUCAGGAGUUUGGAACAUCAGCUAAGUGAGCCCUGGACCUGUCACAAAGAAGAGGCCAUGAGGUUCAGGAACGAGGGGACACUGGCAGGAGUGAGUGGGUCCAGUGGCUUUACGGUGACUGACAGGCACACGGCCAGAAUCACUUGCUACUGAGGUCACUGAGGCUUUCUCAGUCAAUUCUUCAGGAAACUUCCAUCAGCAUUCUGAAGUUGGGUAAGCUUUGUAGAAAAUCCGAUGGAAAGUCCUCCUUCACCAAAUCAUAUGUAACCUUCAGCCCUGGAGCCAGAGGCAGGGAGGUUCAAAACAAAACCAGCAGGCCUCCUGGAAACAUCAGGGACCUGUUUUCAAUGUGGAUGUGUAGCAGGUCCCUUAGGUGGUUGUGAUGGGUGCUGAUAUGCUACCUGUGGAACCGUAGCAAUGUCAUUUUUAAAAAAGGUUAUUCUACUUUUAUUUUUGGAUAAGGCAUCAUAUCAGGGCAACGCAGUUACACUCGGGUUACCUGUAAAACCUACACCUGAUGAAACCUGCACCUAAUUCAGACUUCCCGAAAUGUAGAGGCAAAGCAAAGGAUUGGUAUUUGGGGGAAAUGGCCUUUUAGCAGAUAAAAGGCAGAAAACGAGUGUCCCUUAGAAAUGCUCCAAGUGUGCAGGGUUUUAGUCCAUGUGUUGUUUUGCUAUAUAGAGCAAGAAUAUACACAGUGGAGAAUAUGUUCUGAAGCAAAGAAUGGCUGAAGGGUUAGGAUACAAAGGCAGUAGGGCCAAAAUGAACCUUCUAGAAUGUCUUCUGAUUUUCAGCAUGUGAGGGGGAUAAUGAACAAAUGUCCCACGUGAUGCAAUGCUUUGUAGCACAAUGAUCUAGAUUUCAGACUGUGUUAAGGUUUUUUCAAAUUCUAAUGUGCACGGUGUGACCGGCGGAGUAAGUUUAAAAGCUUUAAGAGUGUGAUGAAUUGCAUGGCAGGCACCCACGCUAACUUCACUUCCAGAUCUUGAUUGAUGCAUCUGUGUACGUUUCCGUUGAGGAAUUUCAGUGGGAGGGGUGUUCCUCUUCACAAAGUCGCAUGUAUUCAAGUCUGUGCAGUCACUUCUAAUUCACUUGCACUGUUUGGGAAAUGCAGGUUUACAAAAGUACGUGUUUGGAAUAAAAAAACGGCUAC